AUGGCCAUCUCAACUGCCAUCUUUGCUUUGAAGCAAAGAAUAUUCGACCAUGCUCUGCAGUCGACUGCCAUCUCAAUUCUCCUUCUGCCCCUCAUCUACGUCAUUGCAAAUGAAUUCAUCCGCUCCAAGGCCAGGAUAGCGAAGCUAGACGGUCCUGGAGGGCUGCCACUCAUCGGCAACUUGUGGGAUAUCCGGGUCAACGCGGCUGAGCAGUACCGUAAAUGGGCCAAGAAGUUUGGCUCUGUCUACCAGAUUCAACUGGGCAAUGUUCCUGUCGUCGUCGUGAACUCUGCUUCUGCGGCCAGGGCUCUCUUCGGACAGAAUGCCCAGGCACUCAGUUCUCGCCCAGAGUUUUACACUUUCCACAAGGUUCUCUCAGAUACUGCUGGAACGACCAUCGGCACAUCUCCCUACAGCGACUCCCUUAAGCGUCGCCGCAAAGGUGCUGCUUCGGCCUUGAACCGACCCUCAGUAGCAACCUAUGUGCCGCAUCUCGACGUCGAAUCGCGGGACUUCAUCAAGGAACUAUACGAAUAUGGGAAGGCUGGACAGGCUCCCGUUGACCCUAUGCCGAUGAUCCAACGCCUGUCGCUGUCUCUUGCCCUGACCCUGAACUGGGGUACUCGCAUGAGCAGCCAGAAGGAUAACCUCUUCAAGGAGAUCACUCACGUCGAGGAGGAAAUCAGUCGCUUCCGUUCAACUACGGGCAACCUCCAAGACUACAUCCCUCUCCUGCGUAUCAACCCUAUCAACAUGCACUCCGCCAAGGCACGAGAGAUGCGCAGCAGACGCGACGUCUACUUGACCGCUCUGAACAGAGGUCUGGAUGAGCGCAUGGCGAACGGCACUCACAAGCCUUGUAUCCAGGCCAACGUCAUCAUGGACAAGGAUGCGAAGCUGAACCAGGCGGAGCUGACCUCCAUCAGCUUGACAAUGCUGUCAGGAGGACUCGACACCAUCACAACUCAGGUGGCUUGGUUCAUCGCCAUGCUUUCUCAGCGCCCAGAUAUUCAAGACAAGGCCGCGGCGGCGAUUAGAGAAUUCUACAGCGAGAAGCAACCUCUCUGCGACGCCGAGGAUGACCAACAGUGCAAGUACAUCGUUGCUUUGGUGCGAGAAUCUCUGAGAUACUACACUGUCCUUCGCCUCGCUCUUCCCCGAGCUUCGGUUCGUGAUGUUCCUUACGGACAGACCGUUAUCCCCAAAGGAUCAGUCAUCUUCCUCAACGCGUGGGCUUGCAACAUGGACCCUGAAGUAUGGACUGACCCCGAGGUCUUCCGCCCCGAGCGGUGGUUCGAGCAACCCGACGCGCCGUUGUUCACAUACGGCGUCGGCUAUCGCAUGUGCGCUGGCUCUUUGUUGGCCAACCGCGAGCUCUACCUCGUCUACAUGAGACUUCUCAACAGCUUCAAGAUUGAGAAGCAUGAUGAUGUGGACCACCAUCCCGUUUCUGGCAACGCCGAUCCUACUUCCCUUGUAGCGAUGCCUAGGCCGUACAAGGCGAGAUUUGUGCCUCGCGAUACUAGCACGUUGAGUAAUGUGCUAAAGGCAACCGAAGAGAAGGCGUAA